UGGAUCGCACAUUAUCUUCGGAGUAGCAGAGCUAACUAGGCGGCACUGGUCGCCUUAUCCAAAUAAAACUUGUGUGCUAUAAGGGAUAGUGAAUAAGGGAUAGUGAAAAUUGGUGAAGUAAAUAAAAAAUUGAAAUAUCAUUAUCUGCGCGUGUAAAAAAAAUUGAAGUAGAGUACAGCUAUCAAGUAAAACUUUUUGCUUUCUGGCGGUCAACGGUACUCGAUAAUCUCACUCCAACCAUGGCUCUAGUGCUCCGUAAUAUCUACCAGACAUUUAACUACUUUUUUGCUGAAUACAAAGAUCCUCGCGUCGAACAUUAUCCGCUGCUUGGAUCUCCUUGGCCCAUUGUAGCUAUCAUCGUAAUUUAUCUCAAAUUCGUCAAAAAUUGGGGACCCAGGAUGAUGCAAAAUCGGAAGCCAUUCCAACUGAAAACAAUUAUGAAUGCGUACAAUUUGUUACAAAUUGUUCUAAAUUUGUUUAUCGGCAUUGUAGGAGGAUUAAAUUCCUACUUUGCUGACGAUUACAGCUGGAGCUGUGAACCUAUCAAUCAAAAAGGCAAUCCCUCCCGAAAAAUGCUCAUUUUCGUAACGUAUCUUUACUUUGUAUCGAAAAUUAUCGACCUCCUAGACACAGUGUUUUUCGUGAUGCGAAAAAAAUACAAUCAAAUAACAUUUCUGCAUACGUAUCACCACGCGGGAAUGGUAGUUGCCACUUAUGUCUUCACAAAAUUUCUAGCAGGAAGCCACGCGACUCUUUUGGGACUAAUAAACAGUUUCGUCCACGUUAUCAUGUACUUCUACUAUUUCCUUACUUCGUUUAAGCCAGAAUUGAAACACUCAUUAUGGUGGAAAAAGCACAUCACUCAAGUGCAGUUGCUUCAGUUUACUAUCCUCAUGCUACAUUUCGGCAUUCCACUAAUUGGAGGAUAUUGUGACUUUCCCAAAGUGCUGCUGUUCAUAGGAUUCACGCAAAACAUGUUUAUGUUUACCCUCUUUGCAGACUUUUAUAUUAAGGCAUACAUUAAAAAUAACAAAUUUAAAUCGAUAGGAUAAAAAACGUAUAAUCAAUAAAAGCAUAUGAACUAAUAG